UUAGCGCCAAUACACUGGAGUCUGACUCUGCGGCUGUCACACGACGGAUCCACCUGUCUUGUCAAAAAUGUCUACGGUGUAAUCUUCUCAGUGGAUCGUGGGAGCGUUAAAGAUGAAGAGAGGACACCUGGCCUUUUUGGGUCGGAAGGACCAGUCCCUCUUCGACACCAGCAUCAAAAUGAGGGAACUGGAUAAUGUUGAGCUGGUGCUGAACUCACCGACCUUUCCUGAGUCGGGUACUGCCAGUGUGCGUGCCAGGCCCACCGUCAAGCAUUACACUCCAUCUGAGAGUUCUCAAGGGUUUGCUGUUCCAACGCCCAAAGUCCCAGUCCUUCCCCCUAUCAACGGUCCAAAGAUCAAUGGUGCAGCCAAUGGAAAUCCGUUAACGUAUAGCUUAGUGGAGGACGACGUAUUUGUUCCGCCUCCUCCCUCCAUGGCCCCUCCCCCGCCACCAGAGACAUUCAUCCUCCCUCCACCAGACUUCCUGGGUUACCUCAGCGCUGCAGAACUUGCCUCCUUUCAGCCGCCUCCGAUGCCUGCCCCCAAGGCACCCCUCAAGGGGGAGAAGAAUCAAAGCGUCAUUAACCCCCCGUUGGUCCCCCCGCCAAAGCCCCCGUCCACAGGCUCCAGUAGCUCUGCAUCCUCCACGGCCAUUUCAAAACCAUCCCCAGCCAAAGUCCCCAAACAUCCAAAUUUUGCCCCGCCAUUGCCCCCUUCCAAAGGACAACAGAAGACCGUUAAGACCCCGCCUCCGAAGCCUAUUCGACUCUCAUCUAUGUCCAACCUGGACUCCCCGACACACACUCCAGCCCCGCCGCGGCCUGUGCAGACCCCCACACAGUCAACCUUCAAUCCCCAAAACACCGCAAAGCUUUACCACGUUUCCAACGCCUCAGUCCUCAGCGGCUACGAGGAACGAGACGUGAAACCCAAGCAGAUGUUACUGCUGGAGGAGUCUGGCUCGGCCAAGCCGGCGCCAAUGUUGGUCCAGGUGGAUGGAAAUGUCCCCCGGGCGACACCAACCAAGCCGUUUCGCAAAGAGAAUACACAAAGCGUGCAUCCCUCUGGGCCACUUCUUCAUGAGACCAAAAAUGCUGCGUAUCACAAAGAGAAUUUACCAAGUAUGCCGUCUUCUCAGCCAGCCAAAGAUGUCGCGUAUCACAAAGACCGUCCACAAAGUCUGCCACCCUCACAGUCACCCACGCCUGAGGUGACCACAAAGACCAAUGCAGUGACCGUAUCACCAAACAGUGAAGCUAUCACACCUCUCCAGGUGCCAUACCAAGUACCGAGAAAGCUUCUGAUUGGGAACAGAACUCAGUUAACGUCUGAGGAAGUCCAAGGCAGACUUGGUCUCAAACCAAAAUUCAGUCCUGUGUUAGAUCAUAAACUACGCAACCUGAAGGAUGGUAAAAGCAGUGCGUCUCAAGAGGGGCCUGCGGCUUCCCCAUUGGCUCUGCUAAUGGCAGCUAAGGAGAGAGAGAGGUUCAAGGGCUUUGCGUCCCACCAAAACGGCGCUACGACGUACAAACAACGCAGACGAAGCGUUCAAACUAAUUCCAAUCCCGGAUCUUCCAUCCUUCCAAGAGCCGUCUCAACUUCUUCGCUCUUUCAUCACGACCAAGUCCAAGUCAGUCCAACGUCUGUCCAUCCCACGCAGGGAACAAAAUCGGCGGCCAUCGCACGAACGGGCAAUCAGUCGACGUCCAGCGGGUCAGCUUACGCUUUCACAGAACCGGCGUCACCAGUGGGAGAGAGCGACCGACUCACAAAUGUUAAACCUGCCAGACUUGGAGAGCAGCAGGAAGCGUUAGAUAUGCCGUUACUCCCCCCGCCUCCAGAGUUUGAUGACUUGGACAUCAUGACGGAGCCACCUCCCUCCAUUCGUCCUCCAGACCCCCCACCGAUAAAGGCACGACAGGCAAAUUUAAACUCUCUUCCACCGGCCCACAUUCCGCCUGCACCGGGACCGAAACAGCCUCCCAUCUACGUCAACGUCACUCCGAAGACGCACCUCCAGACGAAACCCAAAGCAGACCCCGCGCAGCUGCCGUCCCCUCAGCUGCCGUCCCCUCAGUCUCCAAGCCAGGCCACGCUGGUGAGCAUCUUGCAAAAAAAGAUGCUGGAAAUGGACCACAAAAUUUCUCCAACGGUAGAGGCAGACGACAGCACCGAAGACUGGGGCGCCCCGCUUUCUGAGAACACCAAAGUGGCUGUGUUGCCAAAGACGGCGCCACCGGCCAAGAAGGCUUCUCAUGAGGUCACCCAAACAACAAAACCACAACAACACAGGCAGGAGAUGCAAGGCAGGGUGGUUAGAAAAUAUCAGGACACCGACAGCAAUGGACCACAUUCAAGUCAUCAGUACGGCAUGACGUAUCGAGUAAGGCCUGGAACAAAACAGCCCAUCACCCUCAUCAGAAAAGGACCAUCUUGAUGAGACGGGUAUUCCUUUAUUUGUUUCUAGUCUAUUUUCCAUCCAUGUGCAUUGAAGGAAUGUGUACAUGAUGGAAAGAGGCUGGACCGUGCUCUCUUUUGUAUUUAUUUACUGUAAAUGAGGCCUUUUGAAGCAGAGCAUUAACUCACUUGCACGUAACUUUGUACAUGACCCACUUAAUGAAUGAAUGUAAAUUCUAAUACUUCAUUUAAUAGCGUCAAUUGAAAUGAACUACACACCCUGUACAUGUAAUCAUCAUUCACUGUUACACUUUGUAUACUGAAGGGCCUCUUAAUUAGCAUUUAAGUGCACUCAAAUGAAAAUUCAUCAAUAGUUCAUGAGACACUUUAUACAUGUAAAGGCUGUAUUAUUUUAAUACGUUCAUCCUCUAUGCACAUUUGACCAACAGCUCAAUCUGAUGAAUAAAUUUUCAUUUGAUCACAAGUUAUUUGUGUGCCAGCUUGUGGGCUUUCCUCUUCGUUUUAGUAUAUCUCGCUUCUGUCUCGGUCAGAGGUGUCCAAACAUAAAAUAAAAAGAAUAUAAGAAACAAGAUUUGCAUACAUACAAAUGGUGUGAAAAAAUAUCCGGUAAGUAAAUAUGAAUAAAUUGACACUUGCAAGGGAGGACAGACGGUGAAUGAUCUUCCACAGACAGGUGAGGUAUUGUAGACCUGGAUGGCGUGUGGAAUGAAUUAAGUUCUGUAGCGUUUACGGUG